GACGUUGUUCUUGUGAUCAAAGUUAAUGUUCACAAUGAAAACAUUAUUGAUCAUCUCGUUCUUCGUCGCCACAGCAUUAGCUGCUGAUAUACCAUCUUUUAUUAAGCCUUGUAAUGGAGAUCCUUCAAAGCUAUUGGAAUGUGUUCGAGAUAAUAUUGAAGCAUGCAAACCUCGUUUAACGAAAGGAAUACCAAAACUCUUCAUUCCUCCGAUGAAUCCAUUUAAAGUGAGCGUAGUAGCAAUCGAACAACCACUGUAUAAAUUGGACAUCAAAAAUGUGAUCAUUCACGGUUUCAAUAAGUUUGAUGUAAAAGAUUUGCAAAUUGAUCAUAAAAAUUAUAAAUUGAAAAUGGAUAUAGUUUUUCCGCAAAUCGUAGCAUCCGGUGUGUACGAAAUUAAUGGUAAUCUUCUACUACUCAACUUGAAUGGAAAAGGUUCUUUGCAUUGUAACGCAACAAAUUUGGGAGCAAAAUUUGAGGCAGAUUUCGAGCGUUACGAGAGGAAAGGUAAAACUUAUAUGAAGAAGAAAGAUGUGAACGCCGAUCUUUACAUCAAAGAUGCGUGGAUUCAAUUGGAUAAUUUGUUCGAAAAUAAUAAGGAGUUGACGGAGAAUACGAAUCGGAUUAUCAAUGAUAAUAUUUUGGAUUUCUUCCACGAGAUUCAUCCUACUUUUGAAGUUAUUUUCAAUAAUGUUCUUGAUAGAUCUUUGUUCAAAAUCACGGAAACCUUUGCCUACGAAGAUUACCUACCCAAUUUUGACUAA